AUGAUGUUUCCUUGUAUAAAUAACAUAUAUAAAAUAAAAAAAAUCAUAAAUGUGAAAAGUAAAAGAUUUUCUAAGUAUUUUUUUAGUGAACCAUUCAUAUUCAACUUUGAAAAUUUGGAAAAUUUAAAAAAAAUUAAAGACCCCUCUGUAAAUGAUUACUCCUCACAAAAAAUAAAUGAAGAUAAACAUAUAGAACAAAAUCAGGAACUGCCAAAAACUAGUAAUGUAGAUAAUGUAAAAGGUUAUAAUCAUUUGAUAGAUAUCUACACCAGUUUUGAUAAAGAUGCCUUAAAGAAAACGAGAAAAGUAUAUAACAUUGUCGAGAGGAAAUUAAGAAAAUUUGAAAACACUCCUUUAAAUAAAUAUUUCUAUAUAUUUUACAAAAAUGAAAAAUAUUUAUCAGAAGUAGAAAUUAUACAUAUUGUAUAUUUGGCUUUAAAAAAUAGGAAAUGUCAUUUAUUAGAUAAGGAUGAGCAAAUUAAUAUUAAUAUAGAUGCUGAUAUAAUAUUUAAUCAAGAACAAUUAAAUAAAACAAGAAAUGAUAAUAAUUUAGAAGAUAUAUCAUGUAAUACGAGUGUGAAUUCGUAUGAUAUAAAAGAGUCGAAAGUUGAAUAUGAUGUCCAAAAUAAGGUGUGUGAAAAAUAUAAUUCGUAUGAUAAUAAUAAUAAUAAUAAUAAUAAUAAUAUAUUAGAAUCAUAUAAUACAAGAAAUGUUUCAUAUGAAGAAAAUAUAAAAAAUGAUAUUCCAAAUAAUUUAGAUAAUAUAAAAGAAAUAAAAACGAAUGCAUUGAACACAAUAAAUCAUAAUAAUAAUAAUAAAUAUAAUAAUAUCAAAAUUGAUGAAAAGGGACAAAAUGACUAUGUAUAUAAACUACUUUAUAUAUUAAAUAAUAAACUUAAGUUAAACAAAAAUUAUAUUAUAAAAUUCACCAUUAAAGAUAUAUAUAAAUUAUCCUAUUGCCAACAUCAUUAUCAUAUUUAUUAUAAUAAUUUUAUACCCUUAUAUCUCUGUGCAUUUUUAAAAAGAGAAAUAAAUUAUAUAAAACAAAAUAAAAAUAUAUAUCAAAUAAAAGAUGAAAAUCAACUAGAUUUUCUCUUAAAUCUAUUGAUUCUUGAAAAAAAAAAUUUAAACACAUAUUUCUUUCAUAUAUUAUAUGAUUAUCUAUUUCAUGUCAUAAAAAAAGAAAACCUUUAUAACAUCACAUGUAAACAUGUAUGUUUGUUAUUAAAUAUAAAUCGUUUUGAAUCUACUAAAUAUGAUAUGUUCUUUUUCUUACGCAUGGAAAGGGAUAAGGAUAUAAUGAGAAAGUUAAGUUUGAAAGAUAUAAAUUAUUUAUUAUUUUAUCAAUUGAAAAAUGAAAUAAAUAUUGUAAAAAAUGUAGACACUACAAAUAAGUUAAAAAGUAUAAAUGACAUACAUAAUAAUAAUAAUAAUUUCAAUUAUAUGAAUAAUUUUUGUAUCAAAUGGUUAUCUUUAUUCUUUUCCACGAUCAUUAAUAAAUGUAUUCUUAUGAACAAUAGUCAAAUUAAUUUAGAAAUUAUACAAAAUAUACAUUUGCUCUCACAAAUAUUAUUACAUUAUGAUUAUUCAAAGCAGUAUUUUAAUAUUUAUGAUAAAUAUUUAGAACUAAUUUAUAAUCUCUAUUCAUAUAUGAAUAUUAGAGUCAACAAUUUUGUUGAGAAUAUAAAAAAUAAUAAUAUUAAUAUAAACUUUUUUAUUACAUUAUCUUUAGCAUUAUCUGUUAUAAAAAGCAAUAUUAAUAUUAAUGAUAAUUUCUAUAUAUUCCUGUUCUAUAUUAUAAAUAAUAAAAAAACAAAACAUAUAGAUGUUAAUCAUUGGAUAUAUAUAUUAUAUUUCAUACAUUUUUGUAAUUUUAAGAGAAUCAAAUACUAUAAACAAAAUAUAUUAUAUAAAAAAGACAUAACAAAAGUUAUGUAUAUAUGUGAUAACAAUCUUGUUGGACAUAUCAAUACAUAUAUCCCUUUUGAUGAUAAUUUUUUGUAUUCAUAUAUAUUGGACAAAUUAAAAAAUAUAUAUUCUUAUCAUGAAAAUGGUACUAAUUAUAUAUAUAUUCUGAAGGAUCUAAAACAAAAUUAUUCCUAUAAUAUAUCAAAGGAUGACAUGCUUGUGCAACAACACGAUCUAUCAACAGAUAAGAAAAAUAUAAAAAACAAAAUAGACAAUUAUUAUAAGAAUAAACAAAAAAUAAUACAUGACAGUAUAGACAAAAAAGAUAAUAAUAAUAAUAUAUAUAUGUAUACUCACAAUAUAUGUAAUGAAAAAAAAAAUGUUGCGGUGGAAACAAACAAAGAAAAAAUUAAUGAAGAAUAUGUAGAAUAUAUGAAUAUAGAACAAGAGGAUAAUAUAUAUAGGAAAGAAGAAAAUAUAAAAAUAAUUUGUGAUCAAAAAGAAAAUAAUAUAAAUAAUAUAAAUAAUAAUAAUAAUAAUAAUAUAAAUAAUAAUAAUAAUAUAAAUAAUAAUAAUAAUAUAAAUAAUAUAAAUAAUAUAAAUAAUAAUAAUAAUAUAAAUAAUAUAAAUAAUAUUAUGAACAAGAAUUGUCAUAAUAAUAUUCAUGUUCAUAAUAAAAGUUACUAUAUAAACAUAUUAGAUAUAUUAAUAUUGCUAAAACAUACAAAUAAAUAUAAUUCCUUCUAUAAGUAUCUUCUAUUAUUAUUUAACAAAAAUAUUUUUAAAUAUUAUAAUAUACACAUAUUCCAUAUAGAUAAGAUAUUGGUUACCUUUAGUCAAUUGAAUAUAAAUAAAAAUGAUAUAUCAUUAAAUAUAUUUAAUUUGUUAGAAAAUAUCAAAAAUAAUCUUAUUCAUAAUAAUUAUGAUAUAAAACAAGAACAUUAUUUUUAUGAUUCCUUAUCUAAUAUUUUGUUAAGUCUCGUUGAAUUAAAUUUGUUAAAACUUGUAGAUCUUACUCUUUUCGAAAGAAGUAUCCUAAACAAUCUAAAUAACAUGAAUAUAAAUUCUAUUCUUGUAUUAAUACAAUAUUAUAUAUUAAAAGGAAAUACUUGUUCUAAUAAUUUAAAUAUAAUCAUAAGGUUAUUGUUAAAUUAUAUUACAAAAAAAUAUACAUGUCUGCAUAAAGAACCUUAUGAUGAAAUAAAUAAAAAAAAUGCUGAAAAUAUAUAUUUAUCCUUGUAUGAAAUUAAAAAUGAUAAACAUUAUGAUAUUAUAAAAACAUAUCUAUUAAAAAAUGACGAACAAUGUUGUAAUGAAGAAAAAAAUCAAGCGGAUGUAUCAUACAAACAUACCCAAAACUAUAAUGAAACAAUAAAAGAUAUAAAUAAAAAAAAUACGGACAAAUAUCAAAGAAAUAAUACAUACGAAUAUAUAAUAAAUCCUUAUAAUUUUCAUUUUCAUAAAAUUGAUCAAAACGACAUUUAUGAAUUCCUUUUCUUACGAUUUGUUUUUAUAAAUAUAUUUACUCAUUCUAAUAUAAUUCAAGAAAAUAUAAAAUAUCAUAUGAAAGAGUAUGAAACACAUAUAUUAAAUAAUUUCAAUAAAAUGAUAUGGCACAUGAAGAAUAAUUUUGAAAGUAUAAUAAAUAUAAAUCUAUAUACAAAACAAGAAAAUUAUAAACAAAAAAUGAAAUAUGAUAAAAGUAAAUAUUUACCUAUCACACAUUCGAAUAUACACAACCAAAAUAUGUUAAAUGAAAUCAUAAAGGAAAAUAUGGAUAAUAAUAAAAAUAUUAAUUAUAAUACUGCAGAUGUAUAUAAAUAUAUGAAAAUAUAUUCUGAUUAUGAUCAAAUACAAGAACAUUUUAUAUAUAAUGAUAAGCCCUACUACGAAAAAAAAAAUAUAAUAAUAAAUAAUAAUAAUAAUAAUAAUAAUAAUAAUAAUAAUAAGAACAACAUUUUGAACAAGAAAAAUUUUUUUUUAAUAUUAAAUUAUUUACUUUACAUUUUUAAUCAUAAUCUUAAUUUAUUAAUGAAAGACAAAAAUUUUUUAGAGUGUAUUUUAUUACAACUUGUACAUGUUAAAAAAUUUAAAAAUACCUAUUAUAAUUAUAAAUAUUUGUUUAUAUAUCGCAAACUUAUCCUCUCAUUAAUAUAUGACAUGGAAAAAAAACAAAAAACAAAAAUGAAUUAUCUUCUAAACCCUGAAAUAUAUGAAGAAAAGAAAAGGACCUUAGACACACAACAAACUGAAUAUCAUAAAUGUAUAAAUAUUAUAAGACAUUUUAAUUAUAUAUGUGAAAAAAAUAUAAAGACAAAAAUACAAAAGAAUAUUUUUUAUAACUAUUUACAAAAAUAUAAUAUUUUACAUAUGUAUAAUGAUGAACAAUAUAUGAACUAUAAAAUUAUAGAUAAUGAACAUAUUCUAUAUAAUUUUAAUUCUGAUAUUUUGAAUAUAUAUGUAAAUGUCCCUUUAUUUAAUUAUAUUAUACCCCUAGUAAUACAAACCAAAAAUAAAUCAUUAGCAAUAUAUUAUAUAUGCAAUAAUGAAGAAAACCUAGAUACAUAUAUGGUUUUAUAUAAUAUCAUGAAAACUUUUUUAAUAAGUUAUAAUUAUGAUAUUAUACUAAUCAAAACAUCACAUAUGAACCCUGUAAAUAUUUCAAACAAGUGUCAAGAAAUAAAAUCGUGA